AUGGCCCUGAAUGGGACGACUGCUGAACUCAGGUCCUCCGGGAUAUCAGCUGAGAUUUCAAAAGACAAAAGCAGCGAACAUUGGCUCAUGGAGCAAAAGGUGUCUCUGGGUAAUGCAGUUCUGAAUAACUCUAUGGAUUGCAAUGGUAGUGAAGACAGAAACAGGUCGGACCCUUUGACCUCUGAGCAUGUCCAGAAGAACUGGGUGGCACUUUUGAUUUCUCUGGUCAUAAUCAUCACGGUGACGGGUAACAUCCUGGUCAUCAUGGCGGUGAGCUUGGAGAGAAAGUUACAGAAUGCCACUAAUUACUUCUUGAGGUCUUUAGCAAUUACAGACAUGCUUCUGGGUAUCCUUGUAAUGCCAGUAGCCAUGGUGACAAUCCUCUAUGGUUACACCUGGCCCCUUCCCUGGGCCCUAUGUCCAAUCUGGAUCUACCUGGAUGUUCUCUUCUCCACCGCCUCCAUCAUGCACCUCUGUGCCAUCUCUCUGGACCGAUACAUCGCCAUCCGUAACCCCAUCCACCACAGCCGCUCGAACUCUCUAACCAGAGCCCGUGUCAAAAUUAUAGCAGCCUGGACCAUCUCUGUGGUUAUCUCCAUGCCUGUCCCAGUCCUCGGCCUGCACGACCACACCAAAGUCUUCCGGAAUGAAAGCUGCCAACUGACGGACAACAAUUUCGUUUUGAUUGGCUCUUUUGUGGCGUUCUUCAUCCCGCUCAUCAUCAUGGUCGUCACCUACAUUCUCACCAUCAGUGCUCUUCAAAGUGAAGCGACUUUGUGCCUGGACCAACUCAUCGUGCGGCCAAAAUGGUCGUCCACUAUUGGACUCCUCCCACGAGGCUCGCUGUCCUCUGAGCGUCUCUUCUCACGUUCGUCUCUCUGCCGCGAUGGGGCUUCCAGAGGAUCUGGCCGUCGCUCCAUGCAGUCCAUCAGCAACGAGCAGAAGGCAUCUAAAGUGCUAGGUGUGGUCUUCCUUCUGUUUGUGAUCAUGUGGUGUCCGUUUUUCGUGACAAACGUUAUGGCGGUGGUGUGCGGUUCGGCGUGUGAUGAAGAGUUGGUGGGGGGACUGAUGAAUGUGUUUGUUUGGGUGGGUUAUCUGUCAUCAGCAGUCAACCCUUUCAUCUACACGCUAUUCAAUAAGACUUACCGUGCUGCUUUCGGCCGGUACAUGCGAUGCCGCUACCGUGAGGAGAGGAGGCCUCUGCAGCUGAUACUGGUCAACACCAUCCCUCCUCUGGCGUACAGCUCCUCUGGGCUUCCCCUGAAGGUGGAGAACUCAUUAAAGAGGAGGGCAGAGGGCAGCCGGUCUGGGAACUUCUCCAACACAGACAGGUCAAACUCUGGAAACACACAAAACAAGCAGGAAUGGGAAGAGGUAGUAAGCCAUUUGUGAGACUCCAGAGGGUUUUUAAUUAUGGUUCACAUCAACCGACCUUAGAGACCGUCUCUUUGUAGGUGUAAAAGCUUGAAAAAUUAAGUCUUUUAUUUUAAUAUGUGUCCACCUGUGCAGCACAGCACAGUCAGCAGAUCAUACUACCUACGGCUCACAGCCAAAAGAGAUGACAGAUGCUUUAAAUUGG